AGUCCACACUCUCCAAGCACAGACAGAACACUCAUGCUACGUCAGUGAGGUUCUGGGAUAGAAUCAAUUGACACGAUGAAACCUGUACUCACAGCCUCAAAGCAGAGGUCAUUACAGGUCGUAGUGAGGGUGCGGCCAUUGAACAAUAGGGAUAUUGGCAGGAGCAGGCACGACAUUGUUCGUGUACUGGAUGACAAGGUGAUGCUUGCGCACCCACGCUGUCAAAGUUUCCUUACUGCAUUCUAUUGACCUGCUAAUCACUUACAGACAGUCAUUGUGUUGGAUCCGGACUUGGACAAGCAAUAUCUCGAUAAGAUUCAACACAGAACCAAAGAGAAGCACUUCUCGUUUGACAGGGCUUUUGACGGCGUUUCGUCCAAUCUGGAAAUCUACGCUUACACGGUUCAGCCACUGAUCAAGGGCCUUACAGAGGGUCUGAAUGCGACCGUAAGUUUUGAAAGUCUAUUCGCAUGGCAAUUCGCCAAGUGCUAACACGUACGUCUGAUGACAGGUCUUCGCCUAUGGUGCAACUGGAAGGUGAGAAAACUAACGACUUCUGUCUUUCGCCCAGCUCCUUGAAAAUGCUAACGCUAGUAUGCUGCAGCGGAAAGACAUGGUCGAUGGUUGGCAAUGACGAAGAUCCGGGACUCAUGGUGCUUGGUUUCAAUGACAUCUUCAAUUUUGUGAAUGGCAUGCAAGUUAGCACAGACGAGAGCGUUGACAUUUCGUGCUCAUACCUUGAAAUUUACAAUGAGAUCAUAUAUGACCUCUUGGUGGAAUCAUCUGGAAGCUUGGAGUUGAGAGAAGAUCCUGGCCAAGGAGUUUCUGUUGCUGGUUUAAAGCGUGUUAAGGUAAUGACAGCACGCACGUUUAGGCCUCAAGCUUCUUGUAAUCACAAGUUUUGCAGGUUCAAUCGGCAGGAAAGAUAUUGGACUUGUUGAGACAGGGGAAUCUUCGGCGCAAAACUGAGAGUACGGAUGCCAACCUGACAUCAUCAAGGUACUGAUCUCAAAUUGUCAAGCCGCACAUAGCUUGUGCCCAAUUAACACGAGUUUGGGUCGUUCAGGUCCCAUGCUGUCCUACAAAUUGAUGUUAAGAGAGUGGUCUCGUCGCACUCAGCCGAACGCGUUAUGGGAGCGAAGCUGUGCUUGGUGGAUUUGGCUGGAAGGUAUGGAUCGGGCUCUUCCAUUCCAUGUCAUCUUGCGCACGAGUAUUGACACACGUUACAGUGAACGAGCUUCAGAGACUAACAACAUGGGACAACAAUUAAGGGAUGGUGCGAACAUUAACAAGUCUCUUCUUGCACUUUCCAACUGCAUCAACGCACUCUGCCAGCAACAGAAGCGAGGGGUCGGAUACGUUCCUUACAGAAACAGCAAGCUGACAAGAUUGUUGAAAGAUGGCCUUAGUGGCAAUUCACGGACUACAAUGGUGGCUACAAUAUGUCCUGCUGCUGAUCAAUAUCAUCACAUCAUCAACACUCUGAAAUAUGCUGACCGUGCGAAAGAGAUCAAGACACGUCUCAGGGUAAGUCUGGCAUGUGCUGCCCUUUCGUUCCACGCUCAAGUUGGCUAACUUGUAACAAUUACAGACCAAUGUGCGAACUGUGGACUCUCAGUCAGCCGACUACCUGAAGAUGAUUGAGAAGCUUCAGGAGGAAGUAAGCAUGCUGAAGGGUCAGCUGGCUGGGCAAGCAGUCUCCUCUUCCAGUAUGAACUCUGUUUGUGGUCCUGCUGGCACGUCGUGGCUAGACGACAUAAGUGGCCAGCUCAAUGAGAAUGUCCAGGAGCGAAUUAACAUGCAAAAGGCCAUGUGUGAGCUUAACGAUUGUUUGAAGAGGGCUGCUGAUGAACUUGGACGACUGGACCAGAAGAUAGCCAUUAUUCAGGUAUUGUUUUUUUUUUUUUCCUGUGCUGAGAUUCAAAACGUUAUUGGUGGAAAAUUACAGCCGUGUUUCCAUCCAGAACGAGGAUGCUUUUACGAAGCUGGAAGGAUUGCAUCAUCGAAGAACAGCAGUUUUAGAAAGCAUACGGGAUAAUGAGAAGCUGAAAAGGGAAUAUGCAGAGGUAUGUGGACGAAAGAUCUUCAGGCACUCAAAGAGGGUGCUCGAGUUGACUUUUGCCUUAUUUCAGGACAUCAGCAAGAAUGAGGCAGAACGUGAGCUUCUUCAGCAACGGCUGGACUCGUUUGUCAGUAACAAUGAGAAAUCCUCAUUUCUGCACAUCCUUCACCAGUUCCGAUUCUUGAGUGUGGCAAUGACAGAGGUGCAAUUCCAACUGGCUCUAAGAGAUCAGCUGAUAGAAGAGAAAUCCUCAGCAUUGAACAGCCUCUGGAUGCUACUUCAAGCUUCAGACGUUGACAUUGAGGAGUUGCUUGAUGUAGCUGUUCAGAAGGUAAGCGGUGCCCUCUAGUUCAAAUUGGGCAAGCUGGAAUUUGGGUUGAAUGCCCAACUGUGUGCUCUUCAGGGUGUUCCUCUGGAUAGCUCGCUGUCAUCCUACAUUGAUAUGAAGCUGAAGGAAGCUAUCACUACUCCAAACGGGAGUCCAAGAUUUGCACAAUCAGUUAUCAGAGCUGCAACACGCACUGUCCAUUCAAGAUUAAAUCGGGCCAAUACUGAUCCAGCGGGUUCACUAUCGCGUCCAGACAUGUCAUUUGGUUCGGAUGAUACUGGGGAAGUUGCUGACUGCCCAGAUGAAAGGGAAGAGGAGUUGCACUUGCACGCGGGGAAUGUGCCUGCAAAUCAAGAAGCAACAGAUAGGGGCACGCCAGAUCAAGUGGAAGAUGUUGUUUCUCAACUUCCUGAGCUAAAUGCAGGGGGGAGUGUAGCUGCUAUCAUCUGUGAAGCAAUGUCAGCCGGCAUGCUUUCAACGCCCAAGGCAGUAGGCUGCCUCAAUUCAGAUGCGGAUUUGAUUGCCGAGGCUGAAGCGUUUGCCUAUCCAUCUGGAAACACUGUUCUGCAAGGAUCACCUGACUCGCCCUCUUCCAAAGCUCGUGCCAAGGAUGAUGCCCACGCCUCAACAUACAGCCCCAAAACAAGCUCUCCACGAAAACGCUGGCAGGGGCAGUCAAGUAUGUCAUCCAGUCCGAAUUCACCAGCAAGACGCGCUGGCUUGCCUGCUACGGGUCCGAGGCGGCCAGUGCCAAAAGAACGGAAAAUCAGCACUUACCACAAGAAGUGUUUUUGCAGCCACCAUGAAAAGGAUGAAGUAAAAACGUAGCUGUACCUUCGGUCCAUAUCUGGUGUAGCAUUUUAAGUUGUUCAGCCAUGAUCUCGUCAGCAAGAUUGUUGUAUUAUGUCAUUCCAAUACAUGCUGCAGGGAGGA